GUCAACUUGACCAUCUAACACUCGGGUUCAUUCAGUUCGACAUUUUGCCGCGUCUGGAAGAAUAAUUCCCAGCUCCACACUCGAUAGAUCCCUUGGCUGGCAUUUGCGAUCCUGAAAUUAUGCUCACAUACACAAGGUCCAAGAGUUGGAUUAAAUAGCCCGACCGUGCCCUAGACACGGCCACAUACCGACCGCGAGCGGAGAAGAAAUACAACAUUCCUCACGCUCUACUUAAUGGCUCGUGUCUCCCCACGAUGGGGUGCAGAAUAGCUGUUCCCUGACGUCUUCCAAAACUACACUAAAUCUCUCAAUUGUCCACUAGUCAUGCGUGUGGUUGCCAUUGUCACCGCGCUCAUCUCCCUUGGUACCCUGACAGCCGCCCAGGCUGUCCGGCGCGGAGGCCCCGAUGAAUUCACUGCCCUCGGCUGCCCCGACACCACCAAGCCGGAGGCCUCCCAGGCCGAACAGCUGGCCGCCUGGAACGACUUCACCAAUCUGCUCUAUACCGAGAAGCGCCUCACAGACGCCUUCACGAAAUAUGUCGCGACCGGCUACAUCAAUCAUUCGCCUCUGGUGACUGGGAAUGACAUCGACACUACUCUGGGCGAGUUGUCCGCUAUUGUCCCCAAUGUGGACUCUCAGUUACAGCGUGCGUUUGUCGGAUGGGAUAAGGACGGCACUGCAUAUGGAACUGCUCAUACCAAAGUCAUUGGUAAUGCGACCAUGGGGAUCCCCAAUUCGGCCCUGGUGGACAUGAUCCGCAUGGUGGGGACGUGCUUGGUGGAACAUUAUGACGUGCAGCAAGCCGUGGAUGGCACUGCGCCGAAUCCCAUCGCUUUCUUCUAAAGGCCUAAGCUACAUGUAUUGCGUCGGUGAAAGAAUUGAGAUUACGAGACCCGACUGCAAAUACAAGUUUCUGUACGAUUAUAGUCAGGGUGGCACAUGUGAAAGAGUACUAUUCG